GCUCAAUGUAAAUGAACAAAUAAUCUACCUUUAAAAUAUUCUAUCCGAAGUUUUUAUCACAACAGCUCCAAAGAAUUGACUGAACUGAAACUCAUUCAGGUGUCACAGAAAGAGCGUCAGACUGUGAUCUGAUACUGUAGCUCACAGCUCAUUGUAUUUCUUCAAAACAAACCAAACAUACAACCAUUUUGCACUAGUUUACUUUUAUAAAAGAUAUAUUGUAGUAUACACGUAAUGUAAUUUGGAUAUUUUGGAUAUUUUUCUGACACAUAUACAAAAUAAAAGAACACAAUUUAAAUAAGAGGCAAAUGAUGGAAACAUUUAAAAGAAACAUAUGGCCGGGCCUUGAACAAAAGGAACAUGUAAAGCACUUUGCAUUUAUGACUGUGAAAUUUCCAUUUUAAUGAAGCAAAGCCUUUUGAACCAAACUAACAACAAGAAAACUAAAACAACAAGACGACUCAGGUUAAAGGUACGGCGACAUUUCAUCAGUCCUCCGAGACUCUGGUCCAUUGUCAUGAGUUUCCAGAAUAUAGAUUAUAAAUCAACAUUUGCUUAGAAAUCUCAAGGCACUUUUUUGUUUGAAUUUAUUGUAAUUAUUAUUUUCUUCAGUGAAAAUCCACUGGCAGCUGGAAUAAGAUGAAGCAACUGUGUCUCUAUAUCUUAUCUUUCUCAGGACUCUUAUCUGUAGCUCUCUGUAAACAUCGUGAGUUUAUUCUGAUCAAAGAGUUAAAGACAUGGACAGACGCACAAACUUACUGCAAAAUCAAUCACUUGGACCUGGCCACCAUUCAAACUGCUGAAGAUGAGACAAAUGUACAUGAAGUAGCACUAAACAGUACGUUCACAUCAGUCGCAUGGAUUGGACUUUAUGAUAACAUCAACAGCUGGAGAUGGUCUUAUCAGGAGGAGAGCAUUGAUUUCUUAAAAUGGUUAUCCGGACAACCAGACAACUAUGCUGCAGGAGAGGCAUGUGUUACAUUAAGAAAUGACGGGUAUUGGAUUGAUAGAUACUGUACCUACACUUACGCUUUUCUUUGUUUUGAUGUACUUAACAGCACGGUGGAAUAUUACUUAAUUAAACAGCCAAAGACAUGGAGCAAUGCUCAACAAUACUGCAAAGAUCGAUAUACAGACCUGGUCACCAUUAGAAAUGAAACUGAAAAUGAGCUGUUAAGAAAUCUGAUGUAUUGGUAUGGAGAAGUUUGGAUCGGAUUAUUCAGGGAUACAUGGACGUGGUCAGAUAAGUCCAAUCUUUCUUCAUCAAACCAACUGGCUGCUCAGUCUCUCAGUGGAGGAUCUCAAAAUUGUGCUACUAGAAAUUAUUAUGGUUCCUUUCAAAAUUGGGUUUGCUCUACAACUUUUUACUUCUAUUGCAAUACUGUAAAGCUAAGGAGGCAGAUUGUGAGGGUGCAGCUGAACUCCACUGUGGACAAUAUGAGUGAUGUUCAACUGAAGACACUUGUGUUACAGAAGUUACAGGAGACUCUAUCUGAUCUGAUGGUAGAUGGUGAGCUUACACUGACGUGGAGAAAGCAGCUGAAUGGAAAAGUCUUUCAGAAGAGAAUUGUUCCAUCACCUGCUUAUGUCAGCAAUGUUUGCUAUAGCCAAUUUUAUUGAAGGAACAUUUUUUUCCCGUGACAAAACUUUAUUUUUUUAUUUAGUUUGGAAAUAUGUAGAUAUAAUCUUUACUAGCAAACCUGUGGCUCAGAUUCCUGUCUAGCUUUUAUGUUAAAAUUCUUUCCUAUCAUCUUUAAAUAUUGUGUGUAAAUACUGCGAUGGGUCAAAAAGAAAAUGCCAACACAUCUAUUCCUGAUACGAGUUAGUUUGGGGCUUAUAAAAUAUUUUUGUCAGCUGAACCCCCUUGAUGUAAAUUAUUCACUUAAGAUAACCUCUGAGAUAUUAACUAAAUAUUUUAAUAAUGUAAUAAUAUCACAGUUGCAUGUUGAAAUUGAAAAAGAUAGACUUUUCAUCGGUUUUAAAAGUUUUAUCAGUAGUAUUUUACUUA